AUGUCUAUUCGCGCCCCUUAUGUUGUGCCUGCGCUCAAGAAGCAUACGGCCACUGUGAUCAUGGCCCAUGGCUUGGGUGACAGCGGUGCUGGAUGGAUGGACCUCGCUCAGAACUGGCGUCGCCGUGGCAAGUUCGAUGAGGUUGCCUUCAUCUUCCCUAAUGCACCCAACAUCCCGAUCACAGUGAACUUUGGUAUGGCUAUGCCUGGAUGGUAUGACAUUGCUAAGCUGGGUCGCAACCUUGACUUUGAAGAAAAUGUUCGCACCCAAGAUGAGACCGGUAUCCUGCGUUCCCGCGAGUAUUUCAACGGCCUUAUCCAGCAGGAAAUGGACAAAGGCAUCAAGGCGUCGCGCAUUGUGCUGGGUGGUUUCUCCCAGGGUGGUGCCAUGUCCGUCUUUACAGGCCUCAGCAGCAAGGAGAAGCUCGGCGGUGUCUUUGGCCUGUCUUGCUACCUGCUACUCAGCGACCGCAUCAAGAACUUUCUCCCCGAGGAGUGGCCCAACCAGAAUACUCCGUUCUUCCUGGCGCACGGCGAGGAUGAUGAAGUCGUCCCGCACGCUUAUGGCGAGGCCUCAUACAAGAAGAUCAAGGAUAUUGGCGCGAAAGAUGUUUCAUUGAACACUUACAGCAACCUUGGCCAUAGUGCCGACCCGAUCGAGAUUGGCGACCUGGAGAACUUCCUUGAGAAGGUUAUCCCACCAGAGGGGGAUGGCCAGGCAUCGGCCGGAUUAUGA